AUGUCGGACGCGAAGCCGUCUGAACCGCCUGCGAAAAAGCCACGGCUUGAGACUGCCGAGGAAGCCUAUGAGGCUGCAUGCAAAAAGUAUAGCAGUUGCGAGGAACAUCUGCGCAAGUUGCAGGCAGACCUUCGCCAAGAGUUGCGAAAGAGUUCCGGUGCGGAUCUCGUGGCAGCUCUUCAGAAGGAAAUAGAGGAAGCGUCCAAAGACAAAGAAGCAGCGUCUAAAGCCGUAGACUUUGCCCGAGAAACACUGCAAUAUGAGCGAGAACAGGCAAAGCAGUCCGAGGCACGCGUUCUCACAGCAGACAAGGCAUGUCAACAGAUUGAGCAAAGCAUCGCAGAGGGCAAGACUUUUUCGCCAAAGCCAUCAGAGACCCCAAAGAUUGUCGAAGGCUCCCGCACGAAUGCAAUCGAAAUCAUGCAGAACUACAUCCGCGAUUCCAUCGAGGGCAAGAACAGAAACAUCGCCGAUGACAAGUUUCCGAUCCUCGGCACGUCGGGCAUGAAGGGCAUCGGCAAAACGACGAUGCUCAAAUACGGACUCACCAAGGUGUUGCCAGACCUGAAGAUGCCGGCGAAGGGCGCAUACCUCACCUUCAAUGGUGGAGCUGGCAGGAGUGCAAACGUGUUUUGGGAAUCGCAGAAUCAGCAAGACACUGUUCUUCGUAGCGUUGGGCAUGUUCUCAUGGCAAACCUGAAGGUGGAAGCCCAGCAGUAUUCCCUUCUGGGCUUUGAGCAAUGUUUGAACCUCUUUCGCAAAGCACUCGGCAUGUCUGAGGAGGAGUCGUUCGUGCUCUUCAUCGACGAGAUCGGCGAGUUGAAGCAGAAGGCUGACGAUGUUUUGAGAGCCUUGAUGACUGAAGCAGAUGAUCGUGGAGGCAACUUGGUUUUCGUCUUUGCCCACAUCAGUCAGCAGUUUUUGGACCACGCGGCAACUGCAAGCGGUCGGAAAGUCAUUUCAUUGCCGCUCGAGGCUUUACCCAUCGACACUUGGAAGCAGAUGAAGGACUGGAAGGACGCGGCUCAAAAGCAUGCAGGUAUUCAUCAACUCCUUCUUCAAUGCUGUGGUCAUCCAAGGUCGCUGUGUGACGGUCUCGAUGAAGCGAAGAAGCAGAACCCCACGUUGCUCUCAGAUCCGACAGAAGAAGCACUGAUUAAAGCACGGGAGCACAUCAUCACUGAGUGCAAGUUCAACUCUGAAAGCCGUGAGCGUUUGAACAAAGACAUUCCACGGUGGUUCAGCCUGCUUGAAGACUCAGACUUGAUGGCUCGACUUGCUCGCGAUGGUCUUUUAUUGAAGUUGCCACAUGCAGAUGCACAGUUUUUCCCCCCGCUGGUUUUGCAGGACUGGGCUGGAAAGAGUUGCAGGACUCCGCUGGGAUAUCACCUCCAACAGGCUUACGCCGCUGACGCAGUGCUUGGUUCUGACACCGAGAAGAAGAUGGAGCCAUUGAUGUAUCACUACGAAGCCGUGUUGAGGAAGGCGUCGGAAGGGCAGACCUUUACACUCAAUGAUUUUUUCAAAAGCGAGCACACCAGCGACAACCUGUGGCAAUCGGAGGUGACGGUGAAAGUCCCUAACGCAAGCCAGUUGGUUCGGUCGGUCAAGGACUUCUCCAAGGCAGAGGACGUGCUGAGGUUGCUUCGAACUGGAUUCAUCGUGGUCUCAGCAUUCCACAAUCAGUAUGCCCUUGAGUAUUUGUCGCCAUUCCGUGAUGCUUCCGAUGACACUUUGAUCGUCGCUUGUGUGCAGUGCAAGUUCGUCCAGUCCACUGUGAGCUGGUCUGACAUCCAGACGAAGAUGGCAGAUGCAACCGAGUGGUUGAAGAAGAAGAAUAUCAUGUGCGUCCCUGUGAUAUACACCACUGCUGACCAGAAGUCCAUCAAGCCGGAAACGUAUGCGGGUGGCAUCUAUUUCAAUGAGACGGACAUGUUUGAGUUCACGAAGAGGCUUGGAGUGUUGCGACUUCACACGCAGAAGUUGGGCAAGAACAUGGAACAGAAACACAAGUGGUUGAGCAGGGCUUCCAGCAACCCCGAUCUAUGA